AUGUUUAGUUUUAUAAUGCAAAUAUUUUUAACAAUGGUCUUUCAAUUAGCUUUAUUAGUCCGGCUAAUAAACGGGAAAUAUUGUUUGAAUGAUGGAAGAAAAUUUGUAAAUAAAUAUAAACCUCAUUAUCAUGACGAAGUACUGGUUGAAUUGUUAUACGACGUAGAUGAUCUCUUAUUGCCCAACCCAAAUCACGAGUCCUCCGAAAUGGCUGUCCUUCGUAAGGAGAAUUUUUCAAAUUUUCCGUUUCCUUCAGUUGGCAUAAAUGGAUUGGUACGGCACGGAUACGUCUUCUACAAGGAGGAAGACGAAAAAAUAUAUGACACGAAGUUCAUGGAAGCGUCGAAAAUGGCUGAUGACAUAUUUUCAGAGGAGAAUUUCAGUUGUUACAUUUCAAAAGUAACAAAAAGGUUUUGGAUUCACUUUCACAGAUCUGAAGUAGAUGUAGUUGGCGAUGCUGUAUUAACAGAGAUAGUCGACCAAAUUAAAUCAAACAACUAUACUAGGACACACACUGGGAAAAAACCGUAUGCAUGUAAUAGCUGUGAUAAAGCUUUUUCUUAUAAAGAAUCUUUAAAGACUCAUUCAAGGAAACAUACCGGUGAAAAGCCGUUUAAAUGUAAAAGCUGUGGUAAAAGUUUUUCUGAUCAAUCAAAUUUAAAUGGUCAUACAAGAACACAUACCGGUGAAAAGCCGUUUGUAUGUCAUACCUGUGGUAGAGCUUUUUCACGUAAAUCAUCUAUAGUGACUCAUUUAAGGAUACAUUCUGGAGAAAAACCGAAUAAAUGUAAAAGCUGCAGUAGAACGUUUGCUGAUCGAUCAAAUUUAACAAAGCAUAUCAGAACACAUACCGGAGAAAAGCCGCAUGCAUGUAAUAGCUGUAAUAAAGCUUUUUCUCGUAAAACACAUUUGAUGACACAUUUAAGUACACACACCGGUUAA